AGUAUGCCUCCACUGAGAACUGUAUAUUGGGUUCAGAUUAUUUUGGUUUAUGGAUAUCUGGCAAAUCAGAUUUUCCUUGUUUUCUCCUUAACUCCUCAUUUCCAGCACAUGUAUAUUUGGUUUGCGCUCAUAGUUAACUCCAGUUCUUCCAGUUACUGCUUGAUUAGCUGCUCUACAGGAUUACUAAACAAGAUUAGAAGAAGAAAAAAAGGAAAAUCCCUUCCAUCUGCCUACCUGCCAUAGGAUCCCCACAGUUCUACACCUGUGCUCAUCUUUGACAAUCUGGAUAGCAAUUUAUAACAACAAUAUACUAUCAUAACUAUCAGUGGAUACUGUGUAACAGGUAUGCACAGGUGUGGGAAGGUUUGGUCACAUCGUCCGAAGUGAAGCGGCUACUAUUGCACAACAGCUUAAUUUUCAAGCCACAGGAAGUCACUAUGUGGAAACUCAUAUGGACCUGUAUCCUGUGUUGGUUAGGCUGCAUUUUUGCAAUAAGCCAGCUGGAUAUUUCUGCAGGGGAAGUUGACCGUAUUCUCAUGUUUGGAAACUCCGAUAAGCACUCACAAAGAUUGUUUCAAAGGUUUGUGGAAAAGCCUGCAGACCAUGGACCCUUGCCAAGACAUAAGCGUAAUGUUUUUCUGUCCAGUGGACUACGCCUCUGCAGUCAAGAAACAGUGCAGCAAGCCGUCAGUAACCACCUGAAAUAUUACCAGCUCAGAGCAUGUCAGGAAAUCGUGUGGGAGGCUUUCAAAACCUUCUUGGAUCGCCUCCCAAAUCAGGACGAAUACAAGAGCUGGAUGAGCCAGUGCCAGACAGAAAGACUCUCUAUACAGGAGAUUGGCGCUGCCUUUAGCCAAUCAGAAGAACACUUAGCACUUAUCCACAAAAGACUUGCGCAGACGGGGCUGAAAAGUAAUACACCUAGAUACUCAGUAUGCAGACCUGAGGAGUCUUCGCAAGACCAUGUGCCACCAGGUCUGUCUAUUAUGAUUGUUGUUGCUGACAAGGCCUGUCAGGUUGAGGUGCGGUUGCUCCUGGCCUACAGCUCCAGCAGCAGUAAACCAUCUGCCUCUAAACCUGUGUGGAAUGAGAGUCUGGACGGCCUGCCCACCAGCGAGAGCUGCAUCGAGGGCACAAUCCACCUCAGCAAACCCGUCAAAGUCUUCAUCAUGCCCAAACCAGCUCGCCGCUGA